GGCUGCAAGGGACACCAAUAAAAACCAAAUUCCCUCCCACAACAUGAAACUAGUGCAAUCUCUGUGGCAAUAUAACUCAUCCAUCUGAUCUUCAUAUAUCAUCCGAUCAACCACACUGUCGCCUCCACUUUUUGGAAAGAAAAUGAGAGUUGAUAGCUUCAAAAGAGAGUUUUCUGAUGAUUUCUGCAUUGCUGAAGAAAGUGGGAAGAAGGGAGGAGGGAGAAUGGAUAGGAAGAAAAGAAGCCCAGAAGCUCAAGAUGACGGAGAGUACAAAUCCAAGAACCUUCAAGCCGAAAGGAGGCGCCGUGAGAAGCUCAGCCAAAGGCUCUUAGAGCUUCGAUCAUUAGUCCCAAACAUCACAAAUAUGACUAAAGAGACGAUAAUAACAGAUGCCAUAAGUUACAUUGAGGAGUUGCAGAGCAAUGUGAAGGAGCUAAGCAGCCAGCUUUUAGAGAAUGGAUCAAGUUCUGGUGAGGCGGAAGUGAAACCAGAGUCUGAAAAUGGGGGUUAUGAGGAGAAAACUGACACUCCUAAAGAAGGGGAUAUGAUGGAUUGUGGGAUUGAGGCGGAGAUUCUUGUGGCUCCCAUAUCACAAAACAAGCUCUGGAUAAAAGUAGUCUGCAAGAACGGAAAAGGUGCUUUUACUAAACUGAUGGAAGCCAUGAAAGUUAUUGGAGCUCAACUCAACGACACCUCUGCAACCACCUCCAGAGGUGCCCUUCUUGUUACUUCAACCCUCGAGUUGAGUCAGAGUGGACCAGAAGAGGCUCAUAAAGCUGAGGAGUUCUUGAAGCAGAUUAUCAAGAACUUAUAAGAAAGACUGAAUUUCGUCAGAAGAUUGGAUGGAAUGUUAGAUCAUUGUUUUCAUAAAGCUUGAUCCGAAAAAUAAAGUGAGGAACAAACAUGAUCAAAGUCAUAUUGUCAUAUACUCAUUGUAGUAAUAGCAUCUUUGCUUUUGUUUUGUUUUUCAUUAACCAAUGUUCUCACUUUACAGAUCAGCAGUUAUAAUUAACAUAAUCAUAAUCAUACUGUUA